AUGGAGGAAGACACGUCGACUACGGAUGCCACGCUUUCGCCCCAAGAUGAAGCCGAGGGAGACGUAAAGCAUGACGGGAUCGAGGAGGUCGUCGCAGCCGAGAGCAGUGUACCGGGCCCUCUCAAGCGAGAGCAUGUGACCAAGCGCCUAAGUGUUUUGGGACGCAACCCGUUCACGCAAGCACACAUAUACACCACCGCGACGCUUACUGGCUUACACCUUUCAGACGUCGAAGCGAUUCGUGAGUUUCCCCAUAUUCAGCACUUGGUGUGCAACCAAAACGAGCUCCAGUCGCUGGCGCCGCUGCAAAAUAUCCGGUUGCUUUUGACGUUAGACGCUGCUGAAAACCAUCUCACGGAGGUAUUAGACUUCGAGGUGCCAAAGUGCUGUCCAGGUAACGCCUGGGUGGAUGGAGCUCGGUGGAUCGGAUCGCUGCUGCGCAAAGCCACACUUGACAAGAAUCGCAUCGUGUCCAUGCCUCGACAUGAGCUGGCAACAACGCAUCCCUUCCUGCUGGAGCUUCGUUUGGCACACAACGCAAUUGAGGAGAUAUCGAGCGUGAGUCAGCUUCGCUUCUUGCGGCUGCUGGACCUCUCUCACAACCGCUUGACGUCCAUGCGUGGCUUGGUGGCUGGCGAAGAAGCACCGAGAGGACUCCAGGCGCUGGAGACGCUGUUGUUGAGCCACAACCAGCUCACAAACAUUGAUUCGGGGGUCGCUCUACUCCCACGACUGACACACCUGGAUGUGGCCCACAACCAGCUUCAGACACUGUCGAGUCUCGGGGACUGCAUCCGCCUACAGCGGCUGGAGCUUGCGCACAACCGCGUGACGGACAUCAACGAGCUCAACUGCUUGGCUGGUCUCCGCUUCCUCGGGCAUCUUUCGCUCGAUGGUUGCCCGCUCGUGGAGGCGCAAGUCUCGCGUGUGUUCUACCGCGCACGAGUGUUGCGAAGGCUGCUGCAACUCCAGAGGCUGGACGACGAGCAGGUGACGUCCAAGGAGAAAGUGAAGGCGCUCGUCAUGCACGGCAGCGACCUGGACGCGCGUCGACGCGUCGCAGCCAAGUACCUGCCAGGCCAAGAGUUCGCCGACUUCCUCCCCCCGCUUGACUUCGAGGGCGACGAGCAGCUCGAGCUCCCACUCCGUCGAACGCCGUCGAGCAUUCCAGUCGACGACACGCAGAACCAGGCGAGCGAGUGA